AUGACCAAGCCACCAUCCCGCCCCUAAACACGCGAAAAUUCUUUCCCCCGUCAUUUUCCUCCAUACCAGACAAUCCCUUUUGUUGUCAUGGACUCGUUCAUCUCCUCCGCCCUCGACGAAAUCUGCUCGAGAGGCUCGAGGGGUCUCCCAAUAGCCUCCCUCUGGCCAGCCCUUGCCGUUCCUGUAACCCCGUCCCUCAAAGCCUCCGUUUGGAGAAACCUGUUAGUAAUUCCUGCCCUCCAAUUAAAGGCUCCCAAUGGGAGAUUUUACCAACACGGUGACGCCUCAAUUCAGGCCGUUGAGGACGCCGAGAGACUGGACGUGAUGAUCAUCGCUAAGGAGGAGCUCCGGGACAACUUCGUUGGGCUCUACGAUUCCAUUACCAGCAUUAAUGUACAGCAGCGUCGCACGCUCGAAAGACUUGCUGUAGCUCGAACACAUGGGAUCACACAGAGUCAACUUGGGAAGGAAUUUGGCAUUCAAGGAAAGGACCUUUUUUAUAUAGUGAGGAACCUUGAAUGCCGAGAGUUGAUUGUGAGACAACCAGCAGUUGUAAAGACAAAAGAAGCUUGCGGUGAAGGGGAUAUCGUAAAAAGUCCAAGUGUGACCACCAAUUUAAUGCACUUAUAUCGCUAUGCUAGGCAUUUGGGCUCUCAGCAACGGAUUGAGAUUCACAAAGAAGGACGAAACUUGGACAGUCUUGGGAAUGCAGAGGAAAGUGAUGUGUUUGGAGAUGACUUUAAUGGAGAUUCGAUUAAAGAGGAUGUGCUCGUAAAGGAUUAUAUACCUGCCAUGAAAGCAGUUUGUGAGAAACUUGAUGAAGCUAGUGACAAGGUUCUCGUGGUCUCAGAUAUUAAACAGGACCUUGGUUAUACUGGAGCACAUUUUGCACAUAGAGCUUGGAGAAAUAUUUGUCGCAGGUUGAAAGAUGCAGGUAUUGUUGAGGAGUUUGAAGCUAAAGUUAACAAGAAGGUUGAGCGUUGCCUUCGUUUGUUGAAGAAGCUUUCUCCUAAGAAUUUUGAGCCCGAAGCUCCUGGAUUUGUCAAUGAACAACCAGUAAAAUUUGGAAGGAGAUCACAAAAGUCUGACCAGCUUGUUGAUCUUCCCAUUGAAUAUCAGAUAUAUGAUAUGGUUGAUGCAGCAGGUUCUGAUGGCUUGACUGUUGUGGAGGUGUGUGAGAGGCUUGGAAUUGAUAAGAAGAGGAACUAUCCUCGGUUUCAUAAUAUAAUCUCCAGGUUCGGGAUGCAUCUGCAGCCAGAAAACCAUAAAAGACAAUUUGCUUAUAGACUUUGGACAUCAAAGAAUUGUGAUUCUGAAGCAUCAAAUGCAUUAUCAAUUAACUCAAAAAUUGUCAGUAGCAGAAAUAAAAGUGUUGAUUCAGAUGUCAACAAUCUGGAUGUUCUUCACAGACCCACUCAAAAAUUUCUGGAGUAUGGUCAUUCAGCUUCUGAAGCUGAUUUCGCUCCUCCCCAGAAAGUAAAUGACAAAGAGGUUGUUACAGAAUUUGAGAAUGGCAUUGCUAAGACUAACCCAGUGCCAAUCUCUCCUGACAACCAACUCUAUGACCCAAACAGUAUUGCUCCUGAUGCAGAAGUUUAUUUAUCGAAUACAGUGAUGGAAACAAACCAUGCCAUAUCAGAAGACAUGCCUCUUCCUUUGUCAGAACCAUUUGAUUCUAGAUCAUGUCAAAACCUUCAAUAUGUGCGUUUGACUGCUGAUGGUGCCUUGAGAGAACAGAGGAUACUGGAAAGACUACAGGCUGAGAAGUUCCUUUUGAGAGGUGAGCUAUAUAGGUGGCUUGUGAGUUUGGAAAAGGACAAGAGCACAACAACAGACAGAAAGACUAUUGACCGAAUUUUGAAUAAGCUUCAACAACUUGGUCGCUGCAAAUGCAUACACGUCAAUGUCCCCAAUGUCACAAAUUGUGGUCGCAACCGAAUGACUCAAGUGGUGCUGCACCCAUCUGUUCAAGGUUUACCUCCUGAACUAAUUGGUGAAAUUCAUGAUAGAAUAAGGUCCUUUGAGAAGAAAAUUCGUGGCCUGGGCUCAAAUAGGUGCAAGAUUAGUAACACAAUUCCUGUGUUGGAUGGAAUCCAAAGAACUCAAAUCCGUGCACCUUCUGAUGCCAAAGCUAUUGAGUCAGAAUCCAGGCGUGCUAAUGGCUUUGUUUCAGCAAAAAUGGUUCGUUCCAAGUUGCUUCAUAGCUUUCUAUGGAGUUACGUGACUAGUUCUUUAGAUUUGCAUGAUGCUUUAUCAGUUGGUGAUUACAUGAAUGGCAUGAAUAAUAGUCACAGAAGUUGCAAUCUGUUCUCACUUGAAGCAGCUAUUAAAGCUAUUCCUUUUGAGUUAUUCUUACAAGUUGCAGGAUCAUCUCAGAAAUAUGAUGACAUGAUUGAGAUGUGUAGCCGCAAAUUAUCUCUCUCUGAUCUGCCUAUUAAAGAGUAUAAACUUCUGAUGGAUACUCAUGCAACCGGAAGACUAUCAAUGCUCAUCGACAUUUUAAGACGAUUGAAGUUGAUUCGGCUGAUAACUAAUGGAUGUGCAAAUGUUGGAGGCAAGGUCCCACAUGCCUCAUUUACACAUGCAUUGGAACUCAAACCUUAUAUUGAGGAACCACCAUCAACAGUCGCAACAUCGAAUAUGAGAUCUUUUGAUCUUCGUCCGAGAAUCAGACAUGACUUUUUCCUCUCAAAUAGAGAGGCUGUUGAUGAGUAUUGGCACACGUUGGAGUAUUGUUAUGCCACUGCUAAUCCCCAAACUGCUUUACACGCAUUCCCUGGAUCUGCUGCUCAUGAGGUUUUCCUCGGCCGAUCAUGGGCUUCAGUUCGAGUCAUGACAGCCGAUCAGCGUGCGCAGCUACUAAAGCUUGUGUUGAAAGAUGGUCUAAAGAAAAAACUUCCCUUCAAUGAGUGUGAGAAUAUUGCAAAGGAUCUUAAUCUGACCUUACAGCAGGUGCUUCGUGUUUACUAUGAUCAGCGUCAUCGGCGUGUUAAUUUAUAUCAGGGUCUUCAAGAUGUCAAUGGGGUUGAGUAUCAAACACAAAAAGGUAGAUGCACUUCUUCAAAGAGAAAGAAAUCUUCAGAAGCAAGCUCACGUAAGUUUGCAAGAAUUGACGCUGGAACUGUACAGUUGGGUGAAGAGCGACUGGCAAGGCAAGCUGAUGCUUUUGACCCAUUCUCAGAGGAACAAAAUUCAUAUCUAGCUGUUUCUGGAGAGGAUGAUAUUCACGUGCCAGCAUAUUUUGAGGAAUCUGGUCCUAAGACUUCAGAAGGGCCAGGAACUCACGAAGUUGACCAAUGUUAUGCCUUAAUGAGCCAGUGUGCAUUUCCAAAUAUGAGACAAACUCGUGGAAGAAGGUUUUCAUGGACAGAUGAGGCAGAUAGGCAAUUGGUGAUCCAGUAUGUAAAGCAACGUGCUGCUCUUGGAGCAAAAAUUCACCGCAUAGACUGGGCUUUACUCCCUGGCCUACCAGCACCUCCAAGAACUUGUGCAAGGAGAAUGUCUUCACUUAAAACAAAUAGAAAAUUUAGAAAGGCCAUCAUGAAGCUCUGCAAUAUACUUGGUCAACGAUAUGCAAAGCACCUUGAACAAAAUCAGAACAGGUUGCUCGAUAAUGAUGGCUGUAGAGUGUUUUUGCGAUGUUCAUCAGGGGAAGUGCGUGACAGGGAGUCCUCUAAUCAUGUUGGACAUACUGACGACAUAGGUUUUGGGGAAGAACGGUGGGUUGAUUUUGAGGACAAAGAAAUUAAGAGAACCUUAGAGGAUGCACUUCGAUACAAGCCAGUUGGUAAAAUAGAACCUUCCAAACUUGCUGGGUCUGUCCCCGAAGAGUUGUCAGAUCUGGACAUGAAUGCUGAAGAUUAUGGAUGUGAAAUGACUUCGUCAGCUGUUUGCAGUGACGGUAUCCUAAAUCUUGAUAGGAAUUGCCGAAGGGAUUCAGGACGAAGACUAAAACAUCAUCAGCUUCAUCAUAAGUUUAUUAAACUCUUGAGUAGAGGCACUAGUGUUAGUGGACAAGUCAAUGGGUCACUGGCUGUUUCUAAUGCUGUAGAGCUGUUUAAGCUUGUCUUUUUGAGCACCGCAACUUCACCAAAGCUGCAAUACCUGCUGGCAGAAACUCUACGGCGUUAUUCAGAACACGAUCUUUUUGCGGCAUUUAGCUACCUCAGAGAUAAGAAAAUCAUGAUUGGAGGUGGUGAUGCUCAGCCCUUUGAGCUUUCUCAGCAAUUCUUACAUGGUCUUUCUAAAUCGCCAUUUCCGGCUAAUACUGGAAAGAGAGCUACCAUGUUUUUGGGUCAGCUCCUUGAAAGACAGAAAGAUCUAAUUGAAGUGGGAGUUAAUCUUAAUUCAGAUUUUCAGUGUGGGGACAUAUUCCAGUUGUUUGCUCUUGUUUUUUCUGGUGAGCUAUCUGUUUCUCCUUGCAUGCCAGAUGAAGGUUUUGGAGAGACAGAAGACAGAUGCUUGAAACGUAAAAUUGAGGAUGGUGAAUUUCAUGAUAGUGAUAAGGCUAAGAAAAUGAAAUCCUUAACAGAAGGUGAACUCAUUUCUCGCCGAGAGAAAGGUUUUCCUGGUAUAAUGGUAUGCAUGCGUCGUGUCACAAUUUCAAUGGCUAAUACUCUUGAAAUAUUUAAGGAGGAUGAUAAUACUUUUGCCCGUGAGCUUUCCUUCAAUGAUAACGUGUCCUUCAAUGAGAAAAAUGUGAAUCAUUCUGAACAUACCAAGGGAAUCCUUAAUUUUGACCGCACUUUCCCCGUAGUUGGACAUAUUAGUGAGCCUGAUUGGGAAGCAAUGACUGGCUAUGCUGAGUAUUUUCUGCCUAAAACUUGUAGUGAAGAGCAAAUAGGUCUCUUUAGUUCUGAUGUCUUCAAGGCUGUUUGUGCUGCUAUUCAGAAGUCUGGUGACCAAGGUUUGAGUAUGGAAGAAGUCUCCCAAGUUGUGUCUUUGCAGGGUGAUAUUUCAGGAGAAGAGACGGUCAAACUCAUUAUUGAUGUGCUGGAAGCUUUUGGACAAGCUUUAAAGGUCAAUGCAUAUGACUCUGUUCGCAUUGUUGAUUCUUUGUAUCGCUCCAAGUUUUUUUUGACCUCAAUGGCUGGCUUCUGUUAUGAUCGUAGUCCAGCUUCGUUGGCCAAGUCCCUUGAGAGAGGUCAAGAUGGCAAUAUCAUUCCACAGCCUGAAGAUCAUGAUUUUAGUAGCUCGAUGCCACAGAAGGAUGUGAGCAUGAAUGUUGAUAAACACAAAAUUACUAUUCUGAAUCUUCCUGAAGAGUUGGCUCUACAAUCAAGUGGCAUUAAAAGUACCAAUGGGCAUGAAGACCAUACACAAGGAGUUGGAUCAUUUAAAGUGAAUACAGGGGGUGAAACCUACAAAUUUCUCUCUGGUGAAAUAAAUAUGCCAAUAAUACCGUGGAUAAAUGGAGAUGGAACCAUCAACAGAGUCGUCUACAAUGGCCUUGUACGCCGUGUUAUUGGUAUUGUCAUGCAAAAUCCUGGAAUUUUAGAGGAUGAUAUUAUCCACCGGAUGGAUGUAUUAAAUCCCCAGAGUUGUAGAAAACUGUUGGAGUUGAUGAUUCUGGAUAAACACCUCAUAGUGAAGAAGAUAUAUCAAACGGCUCCGAUUGCUCCCCCUGCCUUACUCGGGUCUCUCUUUGCGAGCAGCUCCAGGGAACCUGAACCUAGGUUGGUGUGUCGUAGUCAUGUUUUUGCCAAUCCCAUGAGUGCAAAUUUGCUGUAAGAGAAGUGCAGCUUGCUCGUUUACUGUAUUACAUUUUGUUGUCAUUGCCCUCUCGACUCGAGAUGCCAUUCACGGAUUGCCUUGCAAUCUGAACCGAGGCCGACGGGACUCUACGUCUGGGUCUUAUUAUAUCUCAAACUCGGAUUAGGAAGAGUGCCCUUGAACUACAGAUCAAUCAUAAUAAACAAUAAAAGAAAAGAAAUGAUUCUCCUGCCGGCGGGAAAGGAAAAAAAGGAGGGGGGUCCGGAGAGGCGAUGAUAUUCUGGACUGUAACAAUUUUAGCUUGUUCCUGUAUCAUGAGUAUUAAAGUAGGUGUGUGCAAGAACAUGAGUUUGUAUUUGAAAUUGUGAAUAUAUUUGUACAUGUAUAUAACCGAGCAUGUGCAUGAACGAGCACACACAUAUAUAUGAACCUUUUCCUACCAAGGAGCUUCAUGGGCAUUAAAAUUAAACUUUUUUUUUCCCUGA